AUUCUCUUUUGUUUUUCCAGAACUCAAAAGCAGUACUUCACUCAAUAUGGUAAACCUCUGCUCGUAGAUUACUUAGAGCAAGAGCUAGUAAAAAAGGACCGUAUAGUUAUUCAAAAUGCUGAGUGGGUAGCUCUCGUGCCAUAUUGGGCAGCUUGGCCUUACGAAACUAUGCUGCUCCCGAAGAAUGGACAACCUCAGAGGCUAACAGACCUUAACGACGAACAAAAAAAGGGUUUGGCAGAAAUUAUAAAGGGUUUGAAUACGAAAUACGAUAAUCUGUUCAAAUGCAGCUUCCCGUACUGUAUGGGUUGGCAUGGUGCACCCACUGGUCCAGGCCACACACCAAGAGAUUCGCCGCACUGGUUACUUCACGGCCUCUAUCUUCCACCGCUGCUUCGCUCCGCUACUGUAAAAAAGUUCAUGGUGGGGUACGAAAUGUUAGCGCAGCCACAGCGUGACCUGACUCCAGAACAGGCUGCCCAUACGCUGAGAGAGUGUGAUACAGUACAUUAUAAACUUAAGAAGUGAUUGAAUAAGACGAAGUAAAGUUGUCGGUGUUUUUGUGAAUUUUUUGUUAUAUUUUUUUAAUUAUAAA